AUGAAUCCUGAAUCUACAGAUGAAGUAAAACUGAUUUGUGAUUCUUCCUGCAAUCUCAUAUCUGAAAAGUACUACUGGUACAAGAAUGGACGACCAUUUAACACUUCAAAAUCCAUAUUUGUGUCAUCUAGUGGAAACACUGACAGCUAUUACUGCCAUCAUUUUUAUUAUAACAUUCAGUCCUCUUCUGUGUGUCUUUCUAACAGUGGCUGUUGGGGUGUGACUUACACCUCUACAAGAGUUUGUGCUUUAGUGGGAUCAACAGUAGAUAUUCACUCUUCAUACUCACAUCCCACUGGAGAUACAGUAGAGAAAACAUACUGGUAUUCAGGGAAAAUUUGGGAUCUGCGUGAGGAUCAUCAGUUUGCCAACCGUGUGGAGUUUGUUGGAAACACACUGAGAAUCAAAGACGUCAACACGAGUGACUCUGGUGAAUAUGGAUUCAGUAUCAUCACUAACACAUCAAAAGAAUUUUCUGGUUUUCCUGAAGUCAUUCUUACUGUUACAGGUACACAGGUGAUAAGCAGCCCAAACCCUGUGAUAGAUGGAGAAAAAGUGAUAUUAAGCUGUUCAACCAAAUGCACUCUGGAUAACAAUCAUACUUACAUCUGGUAUAAGAAUGGACAACAGGUAACAGAUGGAUUGAGAUUAUUAAACAAGCUGUACCUGAACUCAAUCAACAGUGAGGAGCUACAAGAGUAUUCAUGUACUGUAAGAGGAACAAUGCACUCAAUCCAAACAUUUUCGGUGUUUGGUCAUCACACAGUCCCUCUGCUGGUGUUUCUGCCUCAGUUUCUCAUUUUAGGAGCUCUGUGGAUGUGGUUUUUCAUCAGCAUGAACAAAUUAAAAUCUAAAAACAGAACUGAUGACAAACAUGAAGAUACUCAAGUGGUGCACAUGUCUGUGAUCAGCUGAACUUCUGGAAGUGAUGUCACAACUCUCUUUAUGACAUCAUCACCUAUUAAAAAUCUCUCAUCAUUGAUGCAGUGAUGUCACAUACAGUGACAUUUUAAAAACAACUGUAUUAAUUCAUCAUUUAACUUGUCUUGUGUCAGUGUAGCAUAAACUGUAACAUCUAAAGUCUAUAACAAAACUUGUAACAAUUAAUAUUCAAAUGUCCAAUGUUAUUCUUCUUGUGUUUACUGUGACUCUUUCGGCUGCAUGGCAGCAUAAAUUAUAUAUUUUUUAUUUUCUCAAUUUAUACCCAAAUUUAAUUGUUUAGGCUACUACACUUGUCAAUGUCAGCACUUGUUGCCAUGUAGGUUGCCAAAGUUAAUGUACUUCUUGAAAGUGAACUGCCUCAGUGCCAACAUCAAAAUGAAUUAGAGAACCAAUCUGAGACUACAAUGAAAAAGUGUCAAACUCAUUCUUCUCCCUUAGCUGUGAUAUGAAUUUUUAUUUAUUUUAUAAAGUAAGACAU